AUGUCUAUUGGGUCUUCUACCAGCAGCGACAGCUCUACGAGUUUGGAAGACAAUGACACCAACAAGCUGAAGGGCUGUUUGCUGCGUGCCGAAAGAGAAUUGUUUCGCUUCUUCAGUCUGCCUCUUCCAAUAGAGCAUCAGCAGCAAUACGAUCGUUACAAUAAUCAUAACAAGUCAAGUCCACCACUGGUCAAUGACCAAAAUGAUGAUGAGGACACAAAAAACAAGAAGAAGAAAUGGUGGCGUCGCAGCAAUAAAGCACACCAACAAGAAGAAGCACCGCCUCCUCCUCCUAUCGACUUUGUAGAACAACAACAAUACACUCGCGUCAGUCAAACGACACCCAACUAUCCGGUACCACCGCAUCCUUCCACAUGGCCGCAACGUCCCGUCUUUAUUCGUGCGUCUCCCGGGACAUCGACCCAUAUUGUGGGAGUCCGUGGUUUGCCCGACGACUUUUGUGAGAAGCAUCCCGACUUGGUCCCCGUCAAUUCCGGCAGCGAACCUCCCGGACACUGUCUCAUUGUCGAUUUUGUCUCGAAACACAUGGUGGGGUCACUGCUCAUUCGAGUGCGGGGAGUGCCGUCUCUGGUACACAACAAUACUACUACUACCAAUGCCAAAAAGGACUACUUUGGAACGCGACAACGAACCUUUCAGGGAGUCAUUCGAGGACGCUUUCGACAUUCCCAGCCCGUCUACGACUGUUUGUCGGGACAAACCUUUCGACGACCGGCCGGGAAAUUGCCACCCAAUUGGAUCAUCAAAGCCUUUCAAGCUCUGUUGGCACGCUUGGCGCCACAAUCCUCGUUGGAACUAUUUGGACCCAAACCACGCUCAUUGGCACCACUCAUUAGCACCACACAAACCAUUCUAGUCACGCCACUCAAAAGUAAUAAUGAUACGACAACCACCAACACAACCACAACCAAUAAGGAGCAACAAGAUCAAGGACUCGUCUGCCACGAUGGACAGUUCUUUUACGACAGCAUUUACGAUGAUCACAUUAAUCAUUGCUAUGCUUCCAAUGACGCUGCCACUAUGGAACAAGAAUUCCAGGAACCCCAUGCCACACACCCACACAGUAUGAUUCAUGAAGCGACACAAGCAUUGGCUCCAGACGAUAUUGUCCCCGUGGCGCCUCCCACAAAAGAUGACACCAAUAAGAAUCGAAAGUUUCGAAAACGAUACUUUAACAAAUUGCUCAGCAAAUCGAAACGAACACAACGGCAGGAAGAGAAAAAGCAUGCUCACGACGAACAACACCAUGAUCAUCAUCAUGACGAGUCGUUUGACUUUUCACAUCAUCACUUGCCCGAGUUUGCCUUUUCAACCGACAAGGAGUAUACCUUUGAAUUCUACGAAAACUUGGUCAUGUUUGAAAAUCCACAAAAAGAAUUUGCCAUGAAUCUACGGCUGCCGCUAUUGCGGCAUAUCCCCAUUGCUCCCACCACCGAUGGACAACCCAUACAAAUGAUGUGUGCCAUAAGAAAACAACAACAACAACAACAACAACAACAACAGCGGCACAACGAAGAGGGUGAUGACGAGGAGAGUGUGGCAGGAUGGGACGAUGAGUUGGAGUACCUGUGGGCCUUUGAGGUAUGGCAUGAAUCACUCUACGAGUACGCCUGCAAGGCACAUGGGAUACCCGUGGAUGGAUGA